AUGUCUAAAGAAUAUACAAUAAGAUUUGUACUGCUAGUAUAAAAAAAUAAAUAUUUAAGGUAUGACAUACUUCCGUUUUAUUUUUUAUACGCCAUAGUUUUAUAUUGGUGGUAUGAUUCACCUGAAGAUGACGAUGUAUAUCCACGUCUAGCAUUUAUAGGCACAACAUUCUUGCAUUGUAUUACAUAUUUACUUGGUCAUUGGUCAUAAAGAAUGAAAGGAUUUCUAUAAUUUAAUUCCUUUGGAAGUGAUAAAUCUGAUAAUGCUAUAAGUAAAGCAACAUAUGUACUUAUAUAAAUGGAAUAGAAGAAUGUUCGUUAAAUAAAUGAAAUCGUCUAAUUAAAAUAUGAUAUCGAAAAGCAAAUAUUCUUUAUUAAUUUUACAGAAAAUAAAUACAUUUUUGAUGAAAAUAAGCGAGAGUUUUACAGACUAAAACCUCAUAUAAAAAACAGGCACAUCGAUGAAUUCGUCAAAGGAGAACAUAGGCAAGACACAACAUAUUUCGAUAGAAAUUCACUCGAAAUUCCCAUUAAAAAAUUCAGAGAUAUUUUCAAAGACUAAAUAAUGGAACCAUUUUCAUUUUUCUAGAUGUUUAGCGUUUCUUUAUGGCUAAUGGACGAAAGUCGUUUUUAUGCUUUGUUGACUUUAUUUAUGCUUGUCCUUAGUGCAUUUACUGUAGUAAUAUAAAGAAUGAGGACCAUGUUAAUGCUAAGAUAAAUGAAGCUACAUCCUUAAUACAUAAACGCUUAUAGAAAUAAGCGUUGGAUAAAAAUUAAUUCUGAGGAUUUAUCCCCAGGUGAUAUAGUAUAAAUAUAAACAAAUGAACAAAUAAAGCCUGUUUAAAAUGAUAAUCAAGUAUCUGAUGAGUAAUAUUUGCGUGAAUAGGUACCUUUUUCUCAUUUGUUUCCUCAAAAAUUAUUCAAGUCAAAUGAGAGUUCGAAUUCUUUUUCUUAUAAAACACUUCCCUGUGAUUUGCUUUUACUUUCAGGAAAUUGUGUGGUAAAUGAGUCUGUUUUAACAGGAGAAUCGAUUCCUUAAAUAAAAGAUUCAAUUGAAAAUUACCCACAUCAAGAGAUUUUAGACUUAAAACUGAAGCAUAAGACUUCUUUACUUUUCUGUGGAACGGAAGUCAUUUAAUGCUUUCCAACAGAAACUUACCCUGAACAUAUAAGAGUGAAACCUGAAAAACCUUCAUGCUUAGCUUAUGUACUUAGGACAGGAUUCGACACAUCUAAAGGGAAGUUAAUUAGGACUGUUUUACAUAACAACGAAAAUAUUUAAAUUAAAUAAAAAGAUGCAUUCGCUCUUAUAGGAAUUUUACUAAUUUUUUCUAUUAUUUCUUCAGCUUAUGUCCUUUUCCAUGGAUUAGAAGAUGGAGAUAGAAAUAAAAACAAGCUUUUUAUCAGAUGUAUAUUGAUUAUUACUACUGUUGUUCCUCCUGAAUUGCCUAUGAUUUUGACAAUUGCAGUAAACACGUCUUUACUAUAUUUACAAAGGAAGAAGAUUUUUUGCACUGAGCCUUAUAGAAUUCCUUAUGGUGGUAAAAUCACAAUGUGUGCAUUUGACAAAACAGGCACCCUUACAAGUGACUAAUUGAAAUUUGUGGGAAUCUUGGACUAAUUAGAUAAUAUUAAAAUCCUUAAAUAAUAAUACUCAGAAAGCAAUAUUAACGCUUAAUGUGUACUUGCUGGCUGUCAUUCUCUUUUACAGACUGAUAAAUAAUUACAAGGAGAUCCUAUAGAAAUUUUAUUUUUUGAUAAGGGAGAUUGGAAAUAUGAUUCAGGAUCAAAAACAUCAAAAAAAAAAGGAGGAACUUAAUGCAGAAUUUUACAAAUGUUCCCUUUUAGAAGUGAUUUGAAAAGAAUGUCCACAUUAGUGCAUUGGGAACCUGAUAAUGGGCAAAAAGAAUAUCGUGUAUUAUGUAAGGGAGCUCCUGAAAUAAUCGAAGGAUUAUUAAAAAAAAUUCCUCCUAAUUAUAAGAGUGCUUAUGAGUUUUAUUCUAAAUAGGGUUAUAGGGUUUUAGCUUUGGCUUAUAAUCCUUUGGAGGGAAAUAUAAACUUUUAAGAAAUUUAAAGGGAGGAAAUUGAAAAAGAGUUGAUAUUUGUAGGCUUUUUUAUUUGCGAUUCUCCUUUAAAAUAUGAUACUUAAUAAUAUAUUAAGGUUUUAUAGAAUGCAUAGUAUUAGAUUUUAAUGAUUACUGGAGAUAAUUUACUAACUGCAGUUUCGGUUGCUAGCAAACUUAAUUUGGGAAAAUCUUAAUAAUAUUUAUACUUAGAUACAUAGGAUGGAGUCACUUUUUAUUGGAGAGAUGAAGAUAAUAAAGAAGUUUCAAAUAGUAUUAAAAAGAUAGAUAUUUAAAAAUUAAGUUAAUAGUAUUUAUUAUGCUUGACAGGAAAUAUUAUUGAAAAAAUUAUCAAAAAAAUACCUAUUGAUAAUCAAAAAGUGCUAUAUAAAUAUGUGUAAAUUUACGCUAGAACAUCUCCUGCGUAGAAAGAACAUAUUAUUUUUACUUUAAGAUAAUUCGGCGAGCAUCUAUUGAUGUGUGGAGAUGGUACUAAUGAUGUAGGAGCUCUUAAAAAAGCAGAUAUAGGAAUUGCUUUAGUUGGUUUAAAAGAUGAAUAAACUUAAGAAUAAAAAAGAUUAGAAAAAGAAAAAAAAAGAAAAGAACAAGAAGAAUUAAAAAAAGAUUUCAGAAAAUACAUGUAACAUAUGUAAUAAUAGAAAUUAAAAGAACAAUAAGAAACAAAUUUAUUAAGUGGAGCAGAUUAAAUUGAGUACAAAGCAGGAGAUGCUUGUAUUGCAGCCCCAUUCACAAACAAGCAUUCAAACUCAAUCCGAUGUGUAAUAAUGUUGUUAAGAUAAGGUAUCUGUACAUUAGUUACAACAAUUUAAACAUAUAAAAUACUCGCAUUAAGUUCCAUAAUAUAAGCUUAUUCAUUAUCCGUUUUACAUAUGGAAGCAUUAAAAUUAUCAGAAACUUAAUAAACAAUAUUAGGAAUUACAGCAGCUAUCGCUUAUUAUUAAUUUUCGAACUCUAGGCCUUUAAAAAAGCUUUCUCCUGUAAAACCUGUAAGUACAAUUUUUGAAUGGUAUUUUAUUGUUUCUGUUAUUGGAUAAUGUUCUUUACAUUUAUACGGAAUGCAAAAAAGUUUUGAUAUUGGAAUUUAGUAUUCUACCCCUGAUGAAUUAAAAAUCACUCAUGAUUAAGAAUUCAAACCUACAUUUUUAGGUACUUGUGUUUUCUUGUAUUAGUUAUUAUCUUAAACUUGUAUUUUCUUGUUUAAUAAUGGAGGGGAACCCCAUAUGGAAGGAUUUUCAAAACAUCCGAAGUUCUUUAAAAUGCUAAUUGUUUGCCUUAUUGGAUGUUUCGUGUUUUCACUCAAUAUAAUGCCUGAUAUUUCUACUUAUUUCGAACUUAAAUUCACUGAUGUUAACUCUUAAGCUAAUGAAGAAUUAUUUAAAUUGUUUUCGAUUAUUUCUAUUUGUAAUUAUUGUUUAGAAAUGAGUCUUAGGUAUAUGAAGUUAGGAAAGUUAUAUGGUUAUAUUUGAACUAUUAUUUAUGUUUAUUUUUUUUAGAAUUUUAAAAAGUUUUUUCUAAAUCUAAUUUUAAUUUUUU